UUUUCGUAUUCGAUCGCGUUCUUGAGGGUUUUCUGUCUUCGAGGAGUGCGAAUACCUGGAGAAGGCGGUGGUGGAGCCGCGGAUGCGGAAGGAGAAUGAGCGCUCGAGCUCCCGGCACCACCGCGAGCGCGACGGUGGCGAGGAUGGCCGGUUGUCCAAGAGAUCCAGGACGGGGGAGGAGAACGGCGACAGGGACGACCGCGAUGAUCGGGAUCGCCGGCGCAGUAGCCGGGACGGGGAGGAUCGCGACAAGGGUCGGGAUCACCGCAGCCGCGAGAGGGGCUACAGAGAUCGGGAGAGCGAACGGCGUAGUAGUAGCCGGUCGAGAAGACACGAUGGGGGAGUUGACAGGGAAUUGGAGAGAGCAAGGAGUAGAGAGAGGGCGAGGGAACGAGAACUUGAGAGGGAGAUAAGAGAAAGGGAAAGCAGGAGAUCUAAAGAAGGAAAAGAAUUGAUGGAACCUGAAGCUGAUCCAGAAAGGGACCAGAGAACUGUCUUUGCAUAUCAGAUGCCAUUGAAGGUGACUGAAAGAGAUGUUUAUGAAUUUUUCUCGCAAGCGGGAAAGGUGAGGGAUGUCAGAUUGAUCAUGGAUCAUAAUUCAAGAAGGUCGAAAGGAGUGGGCUAUAUCGAGUUUGAUGAUGUGAUGUCAGUGCCACAAGCUAUUGCACUAUCUGGUCAGCUUCUUCUUGGCCAACCUGUAAUGGUCAAACCAUCUGAAGCUGAAAAGAACCUUGUUCAGUCGACUACUGCAGGGGCUGGAGCCACUGGGGCACGUGCUGAAAGGAAACUUUAUGUUGGAAACUUGCACUUCAACAUGACUGAGGAACAAUUGCGUCAGAGCUUGUGCAACUACCAAUGGAUCUAGAGACCGGUCACUGCAGAGGUUAUGGAUUUGUUCAAUUUGCACAACUUGAGCAUGCAAAGGCAGCUCAAACUUUAAAUGGGAAGUCGGACAUUGCCGGCCAGAUUAUCAAGGUUUCAGCUGUCAUGGAUCACGUCCGACCGCAGGAUAGUGGAACUAAUGCUGCUGAUUUUGAUGAUGAAGACGGUGGUGGUUUGUCUCUCGAUGCUUCUCAUGCAGAAACUUGACCGCACUGGAACUGCAACAAGUAUUGCUGAGUCACUUGGAGUCUCCAUUGUUAAUGGAGCACUUCUUAAUGCACAGCAUGCUUCAUCCAUUGAGCCUAAUGUGCAGCCCAGUGAAUGCAUAUUAUUGAGGAAUAUGUUUGAUCCAACAGAGACAACCAGAUUUUGAUAUGGAAAUUCAAGAUGUUCAAGAAGAAUGUUCCAAGUUUGACUCUGUCAAGCAUAUCUAUGUGGAAAAGUAUGUUGGGUGUUGUUCAAAGAUAGAUGUGUCAUAAUGCCUAUCCAUGUUUUGGUUUUAUGCAUGUUGUUAAACUGCUGCUGUUUAAUCAUGUGAUCUACGUACUUGACAGUUGUAUCGUGUCUAUGCGUUGGUGGUACCUUACUUCUCAUGCUUACAUGUCUCCUGAAUCGCAAGAAAUAUCAAAUGCUGGCUAACAUGCUAAGAGCAUCCCAGUCCAAAUGUGACCAAUUGAUAGAUAGAUAAUUAAGAAAAUUGUGAUUCCUGCUAGAAGCAGUGAUUCAAUAUGUUUUGAACCUUGUGGUUUUGUUUAAUAUGUUUGUAUGUAUGUGUGUCCUUACACCUUGCACUUUCUUUCUUGCAGGAACAGCAUUGGUUCGGUGUACCUCCGAUUUGACAGUGCAGCAUCCGCCGCCAGUUGUCAGGGUGCCAUGCAUGGCAGAGCAAUUUCUACCACAUUCAUGCUUGUGCACGGAUGGAUGGAGUCAAUCGAAGCCUCUCUCUCUCUCUCUCGCUCUCUCUCCCUUUUUGUCACACACUUGCACGCCAACCACGUGAAGACAGCUGAGAAUGAAACAGCAUAGCUCAAAACAGGGUGGAUGGACGAGUCAAAAAGGAUUAGAUCAAUGAAUAGGUAGCUUCUGGAAUACUUAUGCAGCUUGUGUUUGGUGCAGAACCAUAAGGAAUAUGAAGCUAAAUUCGGACGUGGUGCCUGAAUUGCUGGAGGGUUAAGAUCACACCAACUUCGACUAGUAUCAUAUCCGCGAUGGUGGUUUCGGGAUGGAUGAAAAAUUCAAUAUUGAGAUAUUUCUUGAUUGCUACCGUUAACAACUCACUUGAGGUAUUUCGUUUAAUUUUUGUUUGAUAAGUGAAUUGUAUCUUCAAGUUUAUCUGUAAACACUACACUGGAGCAUUUUAACCCUUUGGGAAUAGUCAACUUCCAUGUUUUCCUCA